GCUGAAUCGAUUUACCGGAAAGUAGCUGAACAGCUGAUCUGAAAUAGUUUUAGUGUUUGUCGUGGGUCCUUUGAAACAGUUAUUAACCGAAAGGAAUUCCCAGUUAUCUGAUGAAUGCAAUACAGAAUGUUUUACGCUCACAUCAGAUUCUGCAUAUUUUUAAAGCUUGUUCUCAGACUAUAUUUUACAGAGUACAUAUUGGGCAGAUCAGGCAAUUCUCUGACCUUCACCACUCUCGCUAUAACAGUGAAGAACAGAAACAGAUAUUACAGGUACUUAAUGAAUCCAGUGCAGAAGAAAUGUGCAGGUUUAAUGUCAGCAAAUAUCGUGUAAAUAGCUUACAGCGGUUUCGGCGUAAACAUGGCCAAUUUGGCACAUUAGAUGAUGUUCUUGAGGUGGAUGGUUUGGGAGUAAAGGUACUGGAAAGACUGUGUGACAGUAUAUUGAAACAAAUUUCUGGAUCUGAAAUGGAAACCCCAGUAGAGAUGGCUCAAGCAAAGAAAAAGGUGACAUCACCCAAGAACAGAAGAAGCCAGAUGCUAACCCCAACACUUCAGUUCGACCAGAAAAUAACCGUGGAGAGUGCUGUGGGAAUUCAUAUUGGUGUCGGUACCUUAACAUGGGCCCACAUUGAUUGCAGUGGUAAAUUACUUCAGUGGGAUCUCUACAAUCUUGAAUUUGGUAACAGGAAAUUGCAUGUCACAUCUUUGUUUCAAAUUGUUCAGGGUAUAUGUGAAAGACUGCCCAAGGGAGAUGUGUUUAUCAUGGAAGAUAAUGUUGGUUUCAUGCAGUCACUUCAGCAGACACCUGCAUCUGUAUCCAUCAACUUGCAGACAUCACAGCUGACUGCCAUGUUGGUAGCCUUGCUCAACAAUUCUCCAUUGUCUGAAGAAGAGUCAUCAUUUCAAUAUGAACAUCGUGUGUUUUUCUUACGAUCCCAGCUACCAGCACGUCUGUUUGGAAUUCUCGUUGGGACAGAGAGGGUGUCUGCACAGGCAGUGGUAUUAGACAUUCUCUGUGGAACUCAGAAAAAUUCAACAACUGAACCAUCCGACAGGAACCUAACUUCUGAUGUAUACACCCCUAUUAGGGUUGAUAAAAACUUGACAGAAGCGUACCUCAUGAGGACAAGUGUCGAGAAGGAGAGCUUAUGUUGGGGUCUGCUACUGACUAUGGCAUUCAUGGAUCUUAUUAUGCAUCAAAACCCCCGAAGUCUGGGAGCAAUUAAUAGUAGGAAGUCGUGAUGAGGCAGGGUGUGUAGAAGGAAAAGUUCAUGUGUCAUGUGUCUCGAAAAGGCAUGCAGGAUUUAUUGCAAGUGAAAUGUUAUCAUGAGCAUGACCAGAGUGAAUAUCAAUGCAAAAUCAGUUGAGAUCUGUGGAUUAGUAUAAUUUCCUGACUUUUCAUACAAAUUUUUUUGGUAUAGGCCAGGAACUUUAAUCUCAGAGGCUUCACGUAAUGUGUAGCUCUUCCUUGCUGCCUCUGUUGGUUUCCAUGUAGUUGGCUCUUAGCCUUUCCACUGAUGGUAAAUGAAUGGCUGUGUGAUAGCUCGUAUUUAUCGAUCAGAAUUUGGAUCUAGCCAAUGUUAAUCUUCACAAAUCGAUAUAUUUCUUAUCUUUAAAACUAAUUUUGUUUAUAAAACAAUAAUUUCAUACACUUUUUUUUACAUUACAGCAACAUAUAUUUUGUGGAAGAGUUCUUUCCAUAACAUACAACAGUAUUUUCCACUUUGGUAGAACUGUUCCCAGCUUAACAGUAAAGGGAUUAAAAUUUGGGUGGAAACAACAGUUCUUUUGCACUGUUUCAGUAGGAAGAUGUCUCCUUGUAUGUAUGGGCAAAUAAACUGACAGUUAAUAAUAAAUGCUCUAUUUUUA